UGGAAAUAGAAAAAGCAAUACCUGCGGAGACAUAGAGUCAAACCUCUGAUUACGUGCAUAGUUUUUCAACAUAGUGUCCAACUCCACCCCCUCUGACUACCUCUGGUUUUGUGUAAGCCAAAAGAGAGCUCUCUUCAAGCCUGAGGUCUUUCUACCGUAGCUUCAGACCCUGCUAGACCCAGGUGCACUGGCAUGAGUCGAUAUAGAAAACCACAUCUGUCUCUUGGCUGACAAAACAGUACCUGCACAUCCAGGGUUAUGGAUACCAUUUCCUCUCCUGGUGAGACCUUGAGGAAUAGCUCCAAUGAAACCGUCUGCGAAAUCCAGGAUGGCUUCUUAGCAGAGGCUCUGCCUGCCAUGUACUCCAUCAUCUCCAUCAUCGGUUUCUGCAGCAACAUGCUAGCCCUCUGGGCCUUCCAGUUUGGUACCCAAAAGACAACCUCCAUCACUGUAUACAUGAAGAACCUUGUCAUCUCCGACCUCCUGCUCGCCCUCUGCCUGCCCUUCCGGGCAGCGUAUCAGAACCAGAGUGGCCCCGUAAUCCUUUGCAAAGUGGUCGGCAUCGUCUUCUAUAUCACCAUGUACGUCAGCAUCUUUCUACUGAGCCUCAUCAGCUUGGACCGCUUCCUGAAAAUCACCAAGCCCUUCCAACAGUUCUGGAUCCACACCGUGUCGCACAGCACUGCCGUGGCCAGGGGUGUGUGGCUCCUCUGUGUUGCCGUCCUGCUAGUUCUUCUUUUUGAAGACAGCCGGAGAGGGCCCUGUAGCCACAAAUGCUUCCACUUCAAGAACAGAAGCACACUGGGAGCGGUGUCCAACAUGACUGCUGUAGCCGUCUUUUUCUUUCUGCUGCUGUUCUUCCUUUAUGCGUACAGCAAAAUUUCCCUUAAGCUCCAUAGUGUCUCCUUAAAGAAAACUCAGCAGUGCAGUAAAAAGACAGGUUCUCGAGCCAUAAGGAAGACCUUUGUUGUCUUGGUCAUCUUUAUCGUCUGUUUCACCCCCUACCAUGUGGUCCGAGUGCCUUACAUUCUAGCCCAGGUGGACAUCAUCUCAGCUGUUUGGAAGAAACAGGCUCUCCACCUUGCUAAUGAGCUUGUUCUUUGUAUCUCCACCCUGAACUGUUGCUUGGACCCCGUGAUUUUCUUCUUUCUUUCCAGCCGUUUCAGGAAAGCUAUACUGGCUGCUCUCCCUAGAAAGCUGGGAGGAGCUCUUUGGAAGAACCAGGAAGAUUUAAACCACGGGAAAUCCAUCACGGAAUCAAGGAUCUGCAGAGCUGAGAUUGUGGGAGGGCUGCUGGCUCUCAGACAUUCUAAUCAGGAUGUUAGGAAGGAAUGUAAACAUAUCUAGGAAGCAGCAAGAUGGGAAAGGCUGUAGUUGAGUCCUGAAUAGCAGAGUCUUCCAGUCGGGACAUAUUUAUGAGAAAACCCUGGGGAGAAUAAAAAGAGGACAUUUCUGGCUC